UCCUAUGACUAUGCAAAACGUAUUUCUCAAUCUCUGUUCCCUUGUGCUUUACGUUUCGCGAUAAAUGUAUCGCUAAGCUGGACCAAGAAUGACAAAUACAACGUUAUUCAAUCGUAUCAUUUUCAUCGAAUUGUAUACGUCUUUCAUCGCUUUAUAAGCGAGAGCGCGACGAAGGUUGGUGUUCAGAUCAUUCGCUUGCUCGUCGCUUGCAGAAGAAGGCGCAUCAAGUAUUUAAAAAGACUUGCAUUUUGCUACAGAUCUGGAUUUCAAUUUCGAUCAAGUUUAAAAGCAAUUAUGGAUUCUAAACAAGUGGAUAUUCAGCAGCCCAUCGGGAAACAGCCCGACCCCAAGGAAGCUAAGCAGUUCACAACUGUUACCCACGUCGAAGGGGAAGUUGAACCGGCGGUUGAGACUGAGAACAAACCCUCAUUCCUUGAGAGUGUUCUUAGUACAGUAAAGCCAAGUUCAACUGAAAACAAACCAGAAAUAACCCAUGAAGAUAUUCAGAAAGCUGAUGCUAAAGUUGGAGAAUCGGCUCGUGGCUUGCUGGGCACUAUUCGCGACACUUACACCCAGAAGAAACACGACUUGAUGGAAACCGCUGCCGGAGCCAAGGAGUCUGUUGAGAGCACCGUAAGCGAAAGUCUCCAUAGUCUAUCGGAAACCGCAGCACAUGCACAGGAAUAUGUUAUGGACACACUUUCAGGUGGCAAACAAGCUGUCGUGGACACAGUGACUGGUGCCAAAGAUACGUCCGUAAAUGCUGCGACGGGUGCCAAAGACUACGUUAAGGAUACACUUAUGGGUGCGAAGGAUACAACUUAUGAUGCGGCUUCUAAAACCGGAGAGAAGUUGGAAAGUGCGCGUUCCAAAAUUGCCGAAAAAGGACAUGACGCAAAGGAGUACGUCAAAGAAUCGGCUAAAGGAGCUAAAGAUUCUCUUAAGGAAUCGGUUGCAGGGGCUAAGGAUACGAUCAAGGAGAAGGCUGAAGGAGCCAAAGAAUCCGUUUUAGGAGCUAAAGAUUCGCUUAAAGAAUCGGCUGAAGGAGCCAAGGAUACGAUGAAGGAAAAGGCUGAAGGAGCCAAGGAAACUGUCCAACAAUCGGCUGAAGGAGCGAAGGAAUCUGCCAAAGAGACCGGUUCCAACGUAACAGAAAGAGGCCGAGAGGGUGUAGAGUCAAUGAAGGAGUCUUCCGAGAAACCCGAAGGACAUCACGAAAGCAGAGGUAUUUUGGGAACACUCCGUGACAUGCUAACACCCGAAUUCGCUGAAACGCCAAAGGCUCCCGAAGGAACGAAAUCCAACGCAGACAUCGCCAAGGAAACCAAGGAAUCGGUAAAAGAAGACGCUACUGGCAUUAAAGAUACAGUGAUGGGAAAAGGGCGUGAAGCUAAGGAUGCAUUGAAAGAAAAGGCCACGGACGUUAAGGAAUCACUGCAAGAGACGGGCUCUAAUAUAUCGAAGAAAGGAAAAGAUGUCAAAGAAGGAUUCCAAAAUCUAGGCGAGAGGGCAGAAGAAAAACUGGAAGGUGCUCGAUCUAAUAUCGCGGAAAAGAAACAAGAAAAAGAAGCCGAGUUGAAGGAAGCGGAAUCGGAGGCACCUAAGAAAGGCAAAGGCUUUGUGGAGUCCAUUCGUGAUUGGGUACGACCUGCCACAGAGAAAGCUCAAGAUGUGGGCCAUUCGAUGAAAGAAGCCGCUUCUGAAACCGGUCAUGAUGUCAAGGAGUCAUCGAAAAAAGCUGGUUCCAAAAUUGCCGACAAAGGACAUGAAGUGAAAGAGUCGGCGAAAGAGACUGCUACCGGAGCUAAGGAAAAGUUAGAAGAUACCGGCUCGAGAAUUGCUGAGAAAGGACGUGACACGGCUGAAUCGGCCAAGGACGUUGCUUCUAGAGGAGUAGAAUCGGCUAAAGAGACAGGUUCCAAAGCCGCUGAUAAAGGACACGAAGCGAAAGAGAAGGUAAAAAAUGUCGCAUCGAAAGGAGUUGAGUCGGCCAAAGAAGCCGCUUCCAAAGCCACUGACAAAGGACGUGAUGUUAAAGAGUCGGCGAAAGACACCGCUUCUGAAGCUAAAGAGUAUGUAAAAGAUACUGGCUCUAGCAUGGCAGACAAAGGGCGUGAUGCGGUUGAAUCGGCAAAAAACUUGGCUUCAAGGGGAGUGGAUACGGCCAAAGAAGCCGCCUCUAAAGUAGCUGACAAAGGACAUGAUGCGAAGGAAUACGUGAAAGACGUCGGUUCCAAAAUCGCCGACAAAGGACGUGACGUUAAAGAUUCUGCGAAAGACUCUGUUUCUCGAGCUAAAGAGUAUGUCAAAGACACUGGGUCUAGCAUGGCGGAGAGAGGACGUGAUACAGUGGAGUCGGCUAAGGAUAUGGCUUCUAGAGGAGUAGAAUCGGCCAAAGAAGCUGGUUCGAAGGCUGCUGAUAAAGGACACGAGAUGAAAGAAUCUGCCAAAGAUAUGGCUUCUAGAGGAGUAGAAUCGGCCAAAGAAGCUGGUUCAAAGGUUGCUGAUAAAGGACACGAGAUGAAAGAAUCUGCCAAAGAUAUGGCUUCUAGAGGAGUAGAAUCGGCCAAAGAAGCUGGUUCGAAGGCUGCUGAUAAAGGACAUGAGAUGAAAGAAUCUGCCAAAGAUAUGGCGUCCAGGGGAGCAGAGUCAGCCAAAGAAGUUGGUUCGAAGGCCGCUGAAAAAGGACAUGAGAUGAAAGAAUCUGCCAAAGAAAUGGCGUCUAGGGGAAAAGAAUCAGCUAAGCAAACAAGCGAUGAGGUAGCUGGAAAAGGCCAUGAGGCCAAAGAAUCGAUGAAAGAAGCCGGUUCAAAGAUCGCCGAAAAAGGUCAUGAAGGAAAAGAAACGGCAAAGGAUUAUGCCUCCGCAGCCAAACGCUCAACUAACGCUGAAAAAAAAUCAGAGGAAGGAAAAUCGACUACAAAUAUUCAAGGAGUUCAAGAAUUUCCCAAGGAAACCGGCAGUAAGGAGAUAUGGAGCAGUGGAUCCGAAACGGCCAUUAAAAGCGGAAAAAUUGAUGAAAAGCCGGUCCUGGAGCACCGCGAAAUUUGGCAGGAACCCGAACAUGGCAAAUUGACAACCGAUACUAUUCGUGAUACACACACCUCAAGGAACGAGUGAUUUCGGGAGGCAGAGACAAACAUUGUUUAAGAAGGAUUUACAGAACUCUACUAAGAUAUUUUUUUUUCUCCCUUCGAACUCUCCAUUUAACUUUUCUCUUCAACUCUAUGGAAUUUUUCAAGUAAAAUGUCAAAUGAAUACAAAAAAACUGUUUAACCAAGUA